GAUAUUCUUAAUGAUCUGGGCCAAUCCAUGAGGGAAAUUAGAACCGAACUAUCAGAAAUUAAAGAAAGUCAGACAUUCCACACCAAAAUGUAUGAUGAUCUGGCAGAAAGAAAUAAAACUUUAGAAAAACAAACAAUUGAAAACAAAAAAACAAUUGAAAAUCUCUUGGAAAGAAUAUAUGAUCUUGAAGACGAUUUGUUCUAUGUCUCAGAAAAAGUAGAAGAUCAGGAGAGAAGGGGACGUCUGGAGAAUCUUGAGUUUCAUGGGAUUCCUGUAAAACAAAAUGAGGACACAGAUGAAAUUGUUUGUAACAUUGCGAAGAUGAUAGGUGUCGACAUCAAAGCCACUGAUAUUUCUGUGUCUCAUAGGAUGCCAACAACGGGGGAAGAAACAAGAUCUCCAGCUAUAAUCGCCAAAUUUGUACACCGGAAAAACAAAAUCAAAAUCUUUGAAAAACGAAAAUUCCUACGCUCAAUGACACCGAAUACCAUUUUCAGUAAUCCAUCAAAAAUUUUCAUUGCUGAAAAUCUGACAGCCCUCAAUAAGGACUUGUAUUUUAGAGCACGAGCUGCAAAAAACAACUGCGGCUAUAAGUUUAUUUGGACAUCAAAUGGGAGAGUAUUUGUGAAGAAAAAUGCUGAGAUCAAAAACUCUUUGAACAUUCGUUACGAAGAUGACCUUUCUAAAAUUCAAUAACUUAUAUAAAUAAUUCGGACAACUAUUGAUGCUCAUGCGCCUUUGAAAGCAGUAAGUCGGAGCGAAGCCAGAUUUCUAGCCAAACCUUGGCUCACCAAAGGGAUUCAUGUUUCUAUUAGAAAGAAGCAUAAAAUGU